CCGCCCCGCCCGGCUUGGGAGGUAGGCUGCAGCGGGGAUGUGUCCCGGCUUCCUUCACGAGGGCCGAGAGCACGAGCGGCGGCACGGACGAGCGAGUCCAGAGCGAAAUGUCAUCGGGCGAAUUGCACCAGGAGCAAUCUCAGUCAGAUCCAUCCCCAUCACCAAACUCCUGUAGUUCCUUCGAGCUGAUAGACAUGGAUGUUAGCAGUUUGUACGAACCCGUUUCUCCACAUUGGUUUUAUUGUAAGGUGAUAGAUUCUAAGGAGCUCUGGAUUCCUUUCAACUCUGAGGACUCCCAACAGCUGGAAGAUGCACAUGGCUCCGGGAAAGACUGUAACGAGAAAGUUGUUCCCACGGAUGGGGGCAGGUACGAUGUUCAUUUAGGGGAGAGGAUGCGCUAUGCUGUGUACUGGGACGAGCUGCCAUCAGAAGUCAGGCGGUGUACGUGGUUUUACAAGGGAGACAAGGACAAUAAGUAUGUCCCCUACUCGGAGAGCUUCAGCCAAGUUUUGGAGGAUACGUACAUGCUAGCAGUAACUCUGGAUGAAUGGAAAAAAAAACUAGAAUCUCCAAACAGAGAAGUCAUUGUAUUACACAACCCAAAGCUCAUGGUGCAUUACCAGCCGAUUGCAGGGUCUGAUGAAUGGGGUUCAACAUCCACUGAGCAAGGUCGGCCAAGAUCGGUAAAAAGAGGCGUUGAGAGCAUUCCUGUUGAUAUUCACUGUGGGGAACCUUUACAAAUAGAUCACUUAGUGUUUGUAGUCCACGGGAUUGGACCAGCUUGUGAUCUUCGGUUUCGAAGCAUUGUUCAAUGUGUUAAUGAUUUUCGAAAUGUUUCCUUGAACCUGCUCCAAACACAUUUUAAGAAAGCCCAAGAAAAUCAGCAGAUUGGAAGGGUAGAGUUUCUUCCAGUCAACUGGCACAGUCCUUUGCAUUCUACUGGAGUGGACAUAGAUCUGCAGCGGAUAACCCUACCCAGCAUCAAUCGCCUCAGACACUUCACUAAUGAUACAAUUCUGGAUGUCUUCUUCUACAAUAGCCCCACCUACUGUCAGACUAUUGUGGACACAGUAGCUUCUGAAAUGAACCGAAUAUAUACACUUUUUCUGCAGAGGAACCCUGAUUUCAAAGGGGGUGUAUCCAUUGCUGGUCAUAGUUUAGGUUCGCUUAUAUUGUUUGAUAUCCUAACAAAUCAGAAAGAUUCUAUUGGGGAUAUUGGCAGUGAAAAGGGUUCAUUGAGUACUGCUGAGGAUCGAGGAGAUGUGUCAACAUUAGCAGAAUUGCUGAAGAACCUUCAGCUCUCUGAGUUCAUCACUGUCUUUGAGAAGGAGAAAGUUGACAAAGAAGCUCUGGCUUUAUGUACAGACAGAGACCUUCAGGAAAUGGGAAUUCCCUUAGGGCCCAGAAAGAAGAUACUGAACCAUUUCAGUGCCAGAAAGAAUUCAAUGGGUAUUAAUAGGCCAGCCAUGUCAGCUUCUGAGAUAAACAUCCCCAAGGAAAAUGGUGACUAUCUGGACGUUGGCAUUGGGCAGGUGUCUGUAAAGUACCCCCGGCUCAACUACAAACCGGAAAUAUUCUUUGCCUUUGGAUCUCCCAUUGGAAUGUUUCUUACUGUCCGAGGAUUAAGAAGAAUUGAUCCUAAUUAUAAAUUUCCUACAUGCAAAGGUUUCUUCAAUAUUUACCAUCCUUUUGAUCCUGUGGCGUAUAGGAUUGAACCAAUGGUGGUUCCAGGAGUCGAGUUUGAGCCAAUGCUGAUCCCACACCAUAAAGGCAGAAAGCGGAUGCACUUAGAACUGAGAGAGGGCUUGACCAGAAUGAGUAUGGACCUGAAAAACAACUUGCUGGGCUCACUGAGGAUGGCCUGGAAGUCUUUCACCAGAGCUCCAUACCCUGCCUUACAAGCUUCAGAAACAGCAGAAGAAACUGAGGCAGAACCCGAAUCAAGUUCAGAAAAGUCCAGUGACGCCACCACAGAAGAGCCUCCUGUGGAAGUUAAAGAGGAGGCUCCCAUCCACGUGGGGAUGCUGAAUGGAGGCCAGCGCAUCGACUACGUGUUACAGGAGAAGCCCAUCGAGAGCUUUAAUGAGUAUUUAUUUGCUUUACAAAGCCAUCUGUGCUACUGGGAAUCUGAAGAUACAGUAUUGCUGGUCCUCAAAGAGAUCUACCAAACCCAGGGUGUCUUCCUUGAUCAGCCUCUACAGUGAAAGUGACCCAUCUGUGGCUGCUUACUAUGGACAUUGAGGGAGCCUUUCCUGAACACCCACACGCUUGCUGCUGCAGACUUCUUCUCAGCUACCUUAUGUCCUGCAUGCUGCCUGUCUUAUUCCACGGGAUCUUUCCAAUCCUCUUUGGAAAUUAGUGGAAAGCAGAGGGAAAACUCAUUGCUUUGUAUGAACACUCAGCAGUUUUGUAGUAGGAAGUUUACAUAUUUGAAUGCUUGAACAGCAGCCAGUCCUUGUUUAUUACAUGGAAAUGAAUAUAGUCUGUUUAGGGGGCCUAGAGAGGCUUACUCUUUAUCCUUACAAACGGACCAGUUGGGAGUGCAUUCAAAUGUCCAGGUACUUAGGGUCCAGUCCCUCAUCUCUGCACUGGAAGGCUAAGCAAAAUGCAUAUGGACUAGCUGCUAGUUUUGGAGCCAGCAUUUCCUUCCUGUGUGUAUCAUAUGAAGACCCGACAGAAGCUUACUAAUAAUACAGUCUGCUCUGCACACCGUCACACAGGUGGACUGUAGGGACCACUGGUGCUGUCCCUUGUUCUUACAACUGCUUCACUCUGAAGGCUGUACGAGCCGUAUGCCUGCCCUUUUAUACCAUAUUCCAAACCAGGGCGGGGAGUGGUGGAAGUUACUAGCUAAUACUUAUUUUGAAGGUGACGGUGAGCUUAUUUUGAAGGUCAACCUGAAAUUACAUGGCCCUUCCCAGCUGUUGAUGUUGUAAAUGCAAUCUUUUAGUAGCACCAACUUAAGUCACCUGCUCCUUCCGCUUGAGUAAAGUAUUGUGACAUGAAUGUCACUGCUUUCUGAGGUACCAUCAAAAUGUUUACUUACAGUUGGCAGGCAGUGUAGUUGAGCAUGCAAGUUAGGGCGAGGAAAAGAGCACAUUCUGAAAGAAAACCCUGUCUCCAGGGUCUGAGGAGCAGCUGUGUGCACUGCACUGGCAGCUGAAUCUGGAGAACUCAAGGCACAUUUAUCUUGAGCACUAGUGACGGUAGACUGUCUUCCCCUUCCUCAGCAUGUGCCGUCAUCUUCGUCCUCCUCAAGAUUUCCACAGGUCUCUCUGUAGAGUGGCAGAGGAGGUGAGCUGUGUUUUGAUUUUUGACAUUUUUUGUAAACCAACUAUCAUGGUAUCCAGAGGCCCUACACAUAACAUGCCCUUUACAGACAGGGAAAGGGAGGGAAGCGCUGGAGGUUAGAGAGGCAAGCACAGGACGUCAGGCCUGGCCUUCCGUUCUGCUUAUGGGUAAUACUGGAUAAGCAAACUACUAAGGAGUUCCAGGUAUAGGGAAUACUUUAUUUUUUCUACAACAUGUCUUGAGUUAGAAUAUCUGAGAAUUAAGUAGUAUUCAUUAAAUACUAACGAGUAAGUUUUGUCAGUUGCUGUCUUGAGGUUUGUUUACUCUUGUUAGCAGUCAUUACUACUUAAGAGUGUACACCAAAGCACAACCGAGAGUACGUUCUUGUGACCAAAGAUGGGCAGCUUGGCCCUGGAGAGCUAGAUAAACCACUGCACUAAGAAAGGCUUCUUCCCGGCAGUCCGGCACGGUAACUAAAAGAGCUUGCACCUCACCGUGCUUCACCUGUGGGUGCUCCACAUGUGGCGGCGGCGGCGUGCUGAGUGUUACACAAGUGAGUAGGGUGGCAAGGGACCUGGCUACGCAUCUGUAUCCCGCCACUUGUUUAUCAUGUACAAUCUCUUGACCAAGGCUGUUUUUAAACUCUAGUGUAACAGCAUUUUGUACGUAAUUCUGGCUGCACAAUUAGUGAGAGGCUAUUUGCAAGGGGAGAUGAAUAGCACUGAUUACCUUUCUGAUAUUUUGCACUUUUGAAAUGUUUGUUUUAUAUGUGAUUAUAUUUAAGACUUUAGUAAAUGCUGAAAUAAAACUAUUGACCAUUUGCCUACA